AUGAGGCCCCCCGCAGACGUCAAGAGACGAUCAGAUCUAUCCACAAUUGGUUUUGAUACAGGCGUUAUGCAGCUCGACAGCGGCCAGCGGCCGCCCACGGCGGCGGCGGCGGCGGCUGCGGCUGCCGCGGUGGUGUCGCCGCGGCGCUGGGGUCUUGCCGCCGUCGGCGCCGCCAGCCGGAAUGGUGGUUUCGGAGUAACGAUGCUGGUCGUUCUCCUAGCGCUGUCCGCGGGCUUCGCGACGUCGACGCGGCGUCUCGCCGCCGGCAGCGCCAGCGAUGGCGGCGGCGAAGCCGCCGCCACCGACGUGGCUUCGCCGAACCGACUGUCGCGGCAUUCCGCGACGGGUUCUGGCAGCAUGCUGGAGGCCCAGGUGGGGGGUACUGCAACCAGCCGUACAGUUGCUCAGUGUCCAGCGGUGGCGUUGUUCGACGGCGCUGCCACCGCCGCCGUCGUCGCGGUGGGGUCCACUAGCCCCGCCGCCGAUGGCGGCGGGGGGGCCCAAGGCGUCGUGGCGGCGGCGGCGCCGCCCCCACCGCUGCCACCGCCUUCGGCGGCGGCUACGAGUGGUGGUGCUGGUGGUACCGGUGGCGGGGCGAGCUGGUGCAGCUGCACGCCGGGUUGGGCCGGCGCUGCUUGCUCUCGUUGUCAAGUGGGAUGGCCGUGGGCGUGCGCUUCGCUGAUGCCAAGCGAUCCCAAAGCCACCUGUGUUUCGUCACUCACCUUCACCAACCGUACGCUGUACAAGAUCGCCAGCUGUACCGUGGACCCCGCCAUGCAAAGAUUCGUACUGUCGCUGGAGUCCUACUGCAGUACCGUCCCAGUUUCACCGCUGAUACCGGCGUACGACAAGCUCAUCCGCCAGCUGAACGUCACUGGCUUCGACAUGAGCAAUUACACUGGCGCUGCCGCCGCCACCGCGGCCGAUCCCAACGGAACCCGGAAUGCAGCCAAUUCGUCGGAUGCUAGCGGCGGCGGCGGCGGCGGCGGCGCUGCUGGCAGUCAGAACUCCACAGUCGUUUCUACGCCGUACUGUUUGGUGGCCCUGCGCGGCGGCAAGUACGUCAAGGAUGAAGUUCUUCAAUGUGUGGGCACUGGGUGCCGGUUUACGGAGGGCAGCCAGUCGUACACCUGCUCCGGCACAAUGCGCUGCGGUUGCCCGCCGAACGACGCCUUCGCCGCGUCCGCCGGCGCGCCCGCUAGCCUGUCGUACUGCGGCGAGAGGCUCCGAAACCUGGUUACUGGUAUGGGGGGAUCCUUCGGACUGGACUGUACGGGCCCGGUCAACGGCAGCGGGGCGUGCAAGCUGGAAAUCGACGGGCUGCCGUUCCCGCUGCCGCUGACGUGCAGCCCGAAUGAGUGCCGUACAGCGGCGGCAGCGGCGGUGGUGGCGGCGGCGCUGAGCCGCGGCGGGACGCCGCCGCCGCCGCCGGUCCAGAACUGGGUGCCGCUGGUUGCCGCUCUACCUCUCGCUGUGGUGGUGCUCCUGGCGGUGGCGAUGGCUGUGGGCCUACUGUCGUACAGAAGACACUUCGCGGCUGUGUGGGAUCGUUACGACAUGUACGGGCGAAGGAAAAGCAGCAGCGGCGAUAAUCAUGGUGAUGAGUCUGGAGCGCUCCUUGGCGGCGGCGACGGCGACGGCGGCGACGAUGGUGGUGGCGGCGGUGACGGGGGCGGCGGGGGCGGCGGCGACGAGCCGCCGUCGCACACCGCGGAAGCGCUACAGCCGCUGUCGAGGGCGCCGUCGCCAGCGCCGACGGGACUGCCGGCGGUGGCGACGGCGGCGGCGGCCGGGACCGCCACCAGAGGCGCGUUCACGGACGACGGCUCGACACGGCGGCGGCAGUGGCGGCCGAUCCUUAGUGGAGUAUCUGGAUUCGCCCUGGAGGGCGAGGUGUUGGGCGUGGUGGGCCCCAGCGGCAGCGGCAAGUCCACUUUGCUUAGCGUCCUGUCCAGUUCCUUUGCGGAGCUGCCCUCGACGGCUCGUGUGACAGGCGCCAUGUCGCUGGGCGGCGAGCACCGACCCGUGGGUCUGCGCCGCGUAACUGGCCUGGUGCCGCAAUCUGACGUACUGCCGCCCUCAUUGACGGUUUCGGAGUGUGUGGGCUAUUCGGCGGCUCUGAGAUUGACAGCGGGCACCCCCCCGCACAAGGUCAAGCCACCACAGCCACUACACUACAGCCACUACAGCCACUCUGUUUUCAUUCUUCAAAUCGUUAGCAACGAAUUAAACAUCCCAGCCUUGUAUGUAUGUAAGUGCGACCACAUGUCGCUGGUGACUAUUUGGAGCUCGCUUAGUGUUGUUCCCACCAUCGUGUACGACCAUCAUCGUCAUUUCGCGAAUCGCGCGGCUCAGAACAUCUUCAACACACGCAAAUACACAUUUUAUGUUUAA